AUGGUUAUUCUAAGUCCUUUCGUGUAUUGGGCACAAACUGACAAAAAUAUAUCAUUAAAAAUUGAUUUAAAAAACGUUACUAAGCCGGAAAUAAAUGUUGGUGAAAAUAAUAUCAAAUUUGGAACUCAAGGAAUUGGUGCCCAUGGCGAUAGUCAUUAUGAAUUUAAUUUAGAUUUAUUUUCAUCUGUUAAGCCCAACACAGAGGAAUCAACAUCGGUUCGAAUAUUCGAUAAUAGAGUUGAAGUUAUUUUGCAAAAAGAAAAAGUAGCUUGGUGGCCGAGGCUUACUGCCCAGCCUCAAAAACCAGCUUGGCUAAAGAUAAACUUUGACUUAUGGAAAUCUGAAGAUGGACAUGACAGUGAAGAUGAAACUCGAGAUGUCAUGAAAGAUUACCCAGGCAUGUAUGAACAGUUGCAAAAAGAGGAGAUUGGAUAUAGAAAAGAAGACUUUAAGAAAGUAUAUCUAGUGAUAUACAAUUUGUUCCAAUUCAUUGGGUUUAUGUACGUGUUGAGUGUGAUGGGAGUGCGUUAUGCCAAGCUGGAGUACGAAUCGGUGGCCGAUACGUAUGAACACGUCGGACCCGCGAUGAAGUUCCUGCAGCUUAUGAUGUUUCUAGAAGUUAUGCAUCCGUUGUUUGGAUAUACAAAGGGCGGUGUGCUAGUGCCAUUGAUGCAAGUUAGCGGACGCGCUUUCGUGCUAUUCGCCAUGAUUGAGUCUGAACCUCGCAUGCAGACGAAGCCUGUCGUCUUCUAUCUGUUUCUAGUUUGGAGUGUUAUUGAAGUGGUCAGGUAUCCAUUCUAUAUAUCACAGUUGUACAAGAAGGACUUUUACAUACUAACAUGGCUUCGUUACACAAUGUGGAUACCACUCUACCCGCUGGGAGUUUUGUGUGAAUCUAUAGUUAUACUACGUAACAUUCCAUAUUUUGAGGAAACCCAAAGGUUUACAGUUUCUAUGCCAAAUGAAUGGAAUUUUGCUUUCCAUAUGCCAUCAUUUUUAAGGGUAUAUCUAUUAGUACUAACUUUCCCCGGUCUAUAUUUUGUUAUGAGUCACAUGCGCAAGUUAAGAUCUGUUAAGUUGAAACCAAAAAUUGUCAUUAAGAAAUGUAAA